CUAAUCAUUAAACAGUGUUACAAAACAUAAGAGCAAAACCAAGAAGAAGAAGAAGAAGAUGGUGAAAGUGGAGAACACGAAGAACAUCGCCAUGUCUGACUUCAUUGUCAACCUAGAUCAUGGAGAUCCAACGGCGUACGAAGAGUACUGGAGGAAGAUGGGUGAUAGAUGUACGGUGACGAUACGUGGUUGUGAUCUAAUGAGUUAUUUCAGCGACAUCAAUAACCUUUGUUGGUUUCUUGAACCGGAACUAGCCGAAGCGAUCAAAGAGUUGCACGCUGUUGUCGGAAACGCAGCAACGGAGGAUCGUUACAUCGUGGUCGGGACCGGUUCUACGCAGCUUUGUCAAGCGGCCGUCCACGCACUAUCUUUGCUUGCUGGUGGGACCGAACCUGUCAGCAUCGUCGCCGCUGCUCCUUACUAUUCCACGUAUGUGGAGGAGACAACAUAUGUUCGGUCGUGUAUGUACAAGUGGGAAGGAGACGCGUGGGGCUUCGACAAGAAGGGUCCGUUCAUCGAGCUGGUCACGUCACCCAAUAACCCAGACGGCACUAUCAGAGACUCUGUGGUGAACCGUCCAGACGACGACGAAGCUAAAGUGAUCCAUGACUUUGCUUAUUACUGGCCCCACUAUACUCCCAUCACUCGCUGUCAAGACCAUGACAUUAUGCUCUUCACUUUCUCCAAGAUCACAGGCCACGCUGGGUCCCGCAUUGGGUGGGCAUUGGUGAAGGACAAGGAGGUGGCAAAGAAAAUGGUUGAGUACAUUAUGGUGAACUCUAUUGGUGUGUCUAAGGAGUCACAAGUACGAACCGCUAAGAUUCUCAAAGUUCUCAAGGAGACUUGUACGAGUGAAACGGACAACUUCUUCGAGUAUGGUCGUGAGCUGAUGAAGAAAAGGUGGGAGAAGCUUCGUGAAAUGGUGAAGGAAAGUGAUUUCACUCUUCCUAAGUACCCUGAAGGCUAUUGCAACUUUUUUGGCAAGACACUUGAAUCAUACCCUGCGUUUGCGUGGCUAGGGACGAAGGAAGAGACGGAUCUGGUUAACGAUUUGAGGAGACAGAAGGUUAUGUGCAGAGCAGGAGAACGUUGUGGUUCUGACAAGAAGCAUGUCCGAGUCAGUAUGCUGAGUCGUGAAGAUGUUUUCACUGUGUUUCUCGAGAGACUCGACAACAUGAAGCAAAUUAAAAGCAUUGACUUUUAAAAUAAUAAGUGCAUAUAAAAGUCUAAUAGUUAAAAGGUUUUUAUAAAAUGCCUUUAUAAUUAAGUACUCUUUAGUAUGUCUAAGCUUACCCUAGUCAUCUACAUAUAUGUUGAAACAAUAAAGGGUUCUGUCUUGCCGUCUCUCUAAAUGUAUGUGGGCUUUUUCUAUUUG